CGCUCUGGAUGGGUGCCCCGGAGGAGGGGACGGCCGGCCUGGGGCAUCGCAGAGGCUAGCGUCGCUCCCUGGCCUUCCUCCCCCGGGAUGCUCUGGCUGUCUGCAUGCGGCUGCUUUGGGCUCCUGCAUUGGUGGGCCGCCUCUGGCUCCAGCGGCCUAGAGCAGCCCAGUGAGCCCAGACCUGCGCUGCAGAAAGAGACGGGUUCUGGGAGGAGAGAUGGACUAGCGGAGCCUUGGGGUCAUCCAAAAGAGAGGCCCAGCCAAAGUGACCAGUGAAGAUGAAUCACCUAGUGAUGGGGAGAGCUGGGACUUAUUUCCACGAUCUCUGAUUGCAAGUUGUCCCUCGGAGGCUCUGGCAUUCUCUGCCAUUGGACAGAAAAUGAACCCAGUGAACACACGCGAUGUGGACGGCACCUCAUGGCGCAGAAUGUGCAGGGCACAGCUGGGCACAGAGACCAGGAGUGGAGUUCCAUGGGGGCGUGUCCCCUAAGAAGACGUACCUCUGGGGGUGACUGGAAAACUCCCCAGGCCUGGUUUGAGCCACAGCCAGGCAGGCCUCUUCCUGGCUACCCUGCCAUGGACCUCCAUAUGGGUAUGGAGGCAGGGAUAGAACCUGUGUGGAGAGCUGGCAUCUCUAUUACAGCCUGGCCCACCACUCGGCUGUCGGUCAGAGACAGGAAGUGACUGGUGACUUAUGCUGCAAGUUGAUGGCAGACCUGGCUUGAGAGGCUAAACAUCCCUGAGCUGUGAACCGCGCCUGCAGACUUCCAUACCCUGUCGGAGAUAGAAAGGGUGACACUUUGGGGGUCAUGUGACCCUUUACAAUCUGAUGGAGGCUGUGGACUGUCUCCUAGGGGAACAGUGAGCUCAUGCAGACUCAGAAUCCCAAACAGUUUCAAGAGACUCUGGAUUGAAGACUAAGGACCUUAGCCCAGGGGGCUUUGCCUGCCGCCCUUUACCUGACCAAGGUCACUACACAAGUAGUGUUUCCUUCGCCCUGACCUCCUUCCAGUGCUUAGGAAUAAAGAACUCUGAGGCAGAGGAGCACCAGUCCAUCCCUCUCCCCCAGUCUGAUACUGCACCAGAUUGCUGGAACCUCACUUCCCUUCUCUGGACAUCGCCCGAGGCUUCUGGUCUGGAUCACCUCUCUGGUUUUGUUUUAUACUCCUCCUGAUGGGCUGUAAGCUUUUACCGUGGAGCCCUCUGCUCAGCAUGGGCUCUGAUUUCACUGUGAGGUCUCGUGGGGAGGCUGGAGGCUGAGGAGCUGGUAAAAGCAUGAGUUUUGUCUGUGUCUUCCGGAAGAAGGGUCCUGUCUCCAUCAGCCAUGCACAGCCAGCCGUGCCCCCUGCCUGGCCAAGCGUGCAGCUCCAUCACCUAGAAAGGCUGGGACCGGAAAGCACCAGAGCCCUGUGCGUAGUGCCAGUGGUUUUGGGUCAUGGGAGAAGCCCGUUGAGGAGCUGUGUGUCCCCCAGCACGUCUGGGAGCCCCCAGGGCGCACGUGAGCAGAGCCAGGGGACAGGUCUGCUGAGGCUCCUCCUGCUGGGGAAACGUGGCUCAGGGAAAAGCGCCACCGGAAACACCAUUCUGGGCAGAGCAGUGUUCAAAUCCGAGUUCAGUCACCACAUGGUGACUCAGUCGUGCCAGAGAGAGAGCGGGGUCGUGAGAGGGAGAACGGUCACAGUCAUCGACACUCCUGACCUCUUCUCCUCACUGGCACGGACCAGCGCUGACGUCAGGCAGGGCCACCUGCAGAGAUGCCAGGAGCUCUGCACUCCAGGCCUCCACGCUCUUCUCCUGGUCACCCCCAUUGGUCACUACACGGUGGAGGACGAGGAGACCAUUGAGGGCAUCCGGAGGGCACUUGGGGCUGAAGCCAUGAGGCGCAUGGUUGUGGUCUUCACACGGGCGGAUGAGCUGGACCAGGACUCGCUGCAGGAUUACAUCGACAGCAAGGAGUCUCUUCAGGAGCUGGCUCGAGCUGCUGGGGGAGGCUGCUGCGCUUUCAACAACAAGGUGGACGAGGGGCAGCGCGGCUCGCAGGUGCGCCAGCUCCUUGGCAUGGUCCAGCGGUUGGUGGAGAAAAGUCCUCGGCCAUAUCGUGUGGACUUCAUAGAAGACAGCCGACUCCAGGCUUACGGGCUUGAAGCAACAUGUCAAGGAGGGGAAAGUCCAUGUGGCCCAAAGAUGAGACAUCUUCAGACUCCUGAGCCUGAGCAGAACCCAGAGACGCUAGAACUCAAGGUCCUCCUCGUGGGGAGACGUGGUGUCGGGAAAAGCACAGCAGGAAACAGUAUUCUUGGGAAGCGGGCCUUUGAGACUCGAUUCAGUGAGCAGUCGGUGACCCAGACUUUUCAUUCUGAGAGCCGCAUGUGGAGAGGGAAGAGAGUUCUGGUCGUGGAUGGUCCAGAUCCCUUAUUAUGGGAGAAUGAUGACUCUGCGCUUAGGAAACACACCUUUCCGGGCCCGCAUGCCUUCCUGCUGGUGGUGCCGGUGGGGUCGGCCUCAGACACACUUGACAAGGUGUUUCUUGCCAUCAAAAAACGCUUUGGAGAAAAAUCUACUGGGCACACGAUCAUUCUUUUCACCAGGGAAGAGGAUCAGGACAUAAACACAUUCAUAGGAAGAGAUGGAACUCUCUGUGGGUUUAUCCAGAAAUGUGCAAAUGGACUCAGCUUCUCCAGUUACUUGGCAACUGUGGAGGAGAAGCAGAGGCAGGUGGACAGCCUCCUGGAGAGAGUCGAGGCCGUGGUGCAGCAGAACGGUGACAAGCCCUGCGUCUUCAGAGACAAAGAAACCUUGACCAUCGUCCUCGUGGGGAGGAGCGGGGCUGGCAAGAGCGCCACGGGGAACAGUGUCCUGGGGAGGACCGCCUUCCUCUCUCAACUCCGAGCCCAGCCAGUCACCGAGACCUGCCAGAGUGGCACCAGGAGAGUGGACUGGCAGGACAUCGUGGUUGUGGACACGCCGUCGUUCCACCAGAUGCGAGGUGUUCCAAGGGACCCUUCCUGGAUAGAGGAGCAGGUCAGCCGCUGCUGCCCAAAGGGGCUCAAGAUUUUCGUCUUGGUUCUCCAGGCGGGACGGAUCACUGAAGAGGACAAAAUAGCAGUGGAGCAACUUAAGACCAUUUUUGGGGAGGAUGUCAUGAAAUACGUGAUUGUGUUGUUCACACGGAAGGAAGAUCUUGGGGAUGACAAGUUUGAAGAUUACAUCAAUGCCACAGAUAACAAAAUCCUUAAAAAAAUACUCCAAAAGUGUAAGGGGCGAGUCUGUGCUUUUAACAACAGAGAGACUGGCCCAGCCCAGGAGAAGCAGGUGAAAACACUUCUGAAAAUGGCCAAUGAUCUGAGAAUGAGCUUUGAUAGAAAUGCUUCUUUCUCUAUAUUUACUAGUGUCAGCCAAUGGUUUUGGCCUUGAAAAGUGGUUCAUAAUCUGCUUGCAAAACCGUGUGAUUCGAGUCUGCUUCGCAUAGACUUACAGAGUGACAUCUGGAGUUUGUUUGUAGUAUCUUGGAGACCCUGGCGUGCCCAUUCUCUCCCUUUCCCCUUCUCUCUCUCUCUUUCUGUUUGCAAAUACAUAAAUAAAUUAAAAAAAAAAUCUCUAGGAACGGUCCAA